CUCUUUUUUUAAAGGUAGGAACCAACGGAAAAUCCCGAUCCCGAUGUUAAUUAGAAUUGCAUGGUAGCAUUUUGACAGUAUCAGCUAGAACCAUGAUUCUGAAAACUUUAUUUGGGAUUGCAUUAGCUUUGUCUCUUACAUAUAUCUUCAAAAUGGUUUUGUUUCUUGACUAUCAUAAAACUGUAUGGAACCAUCGACCGGGAAAAUGUCACAUUGUGGAAGGAAUAGAUCAUGGAUCUGAAGAUAUGCAAACCACCAAGUCUGGAUUAACUUUCAUCACCUCUGGUAUAGAUGGACCUUUCUUUACAUCUGCCAUGAAGGAGUAUCACAAAAAAAAUAAUGCUAGAGGCAGAAUCAUGCUAUUCAACUUGGAAAAGCCUGCAGAUGGAGUUCGAGAGCUGAUGAUAGUUGGAAAUCAGUUCAGCUAUGAAGAUUUUGCUCCCCAUGGUAUCAGUGUACUAGAAGAAAAGGACAAGAUAUUCCUGUUUGUUGUGGUGCACAGAGCGGAGGAGGACACUGUUGAAAAGUUUGAGUUUCUGGAAAAGACCCUGGAACUGAAGCAUCUAAAAACCUACAAAGGAACCCUUGUUCAUUUACUGAAUGAUGUUGCAGCGACUGGUCAUGAAACUUUUUACACAACAGAAUUCGGAUACUAUCGCAACUACAUAGGUCACAUUUUAGAGCAAUUCAUUGGGCUCUCCUAUGGACAUUUAUUGUACUAUGAUGGCAGAGAUUUCAUCCCAGUCUCAGAGCCAACAUAUAUGGUUAAUGGGAUUACACUCUCAAAGGAUGGAAGACAUGUGUAUACUGUUUCCAGUCCAGGUAAAAAAUUUAUUGUGUACAAACGAGAGGCUAACAACAGACUCACAAAAAUGAAUGAAGUUGAGCUCUACACAAUCCCAGACAACCCAACGAUAGAUCCUGUAACAGGAGAUGUGCUGUUAGGCUGCCAUCCUAUUGGGAUUAAAAUUGCAAAACAUCUGAAUGACCCUGGUAAUGAAAGUACUCCUUCACAGGUAUUAAUGCUACACAUGGACAAGAGUGGCACUAAUGUGACUGGGAUCACAGAGCUACUGUCAGACAACCUUGAACUCUAUGGUUCCACUACAGCAACUCUGUACAAGAAGCGAAUGUUGGUGGGCACAGUCUGUCAUAAAAUGAUGUACUGCGAGGUGAACAUGCUGUAAAAAUGUUUCCCGCAUGCAUGUUUCAAUCUUAACUUGAUUCCAAAAUAUCGUUUCUUUAUUAUUAAUUUUUAAGAUGUAGAUGAAAGGAUGUAAUUGUGUUUUAAUUUUGUAUUAUAUUGGUGUUUGGAAAGAUUUCUUUGUAAAAUAAACAUAAAAAAGUCCCGCAUGAACCAAACUUUUUGCUGUGAUAGUUUAUAAUUUUUAUUUCAUUUUAAGCAUGUACUUGCAUGUGUAAUGAUGUAUAUUGCCAUGAUAAUGUUUUCUUUCCAAUGACAUGCAGUCUUUUGUACCAGUAUAUUUACAUGACAGCUUUAAAAUAGCAUCGACAUUUCUACCAUGAACUUUUUAUAUUGUAAAAGUAUGCAACUAUUGAAAUCUAUAAUUUUGAGAACUAUGUGACAUGUACUCUAAUAACAUACGAUAUGUACAUUAUAUAACUUAAUAUAUUCUUAUUUCAAGAAUAUGUAUACAUCUUUGUAGUGCCAUAUUUUUUUUAUUUUUCUUGAUUAUAUGUUAUCAAUAAAAUCCUUUUAAAAACAUUUAUAAGCAUAUGAGUUUUAAGGUGGUUGAGGGCACCUUGACAUUGAUAUGGAUCAAAUUAAAAACUUAUAAAGAAAUCUAUAUUUAUGGAAAAAAUAACAAACCCUCAAUAAGUUUAUUUGGACCAUUUUAUUAAAUAUUGCUAAGCAAUUGUAAGUUGCUUUUGAAUUUGCCCUGAAAAAUAUGAAAUUCUUUUUCUAUUUCCUUUCCCCAAAGCUACACACUAAAAAACUGAGCAUAUAAUGACUUCAUAUAAAGGCAAUUAAACAGUUAUGAAAUUUUAAACAAAUGGAGUCCAAGAACAAACAAAAAAACUUUCACUAAUGUCCUUUUCUUAAGGAAAUGCAACACUCAAACAGGCUAUGUAGAUCCCUUAGUUACAAACAGAACCAUCUGUAUUAUUUUGAUACACAAAAAGAUUCAUUUCUCAACAAAAUAUUGCGAUAUUCACACACAUAAUAACUGUACAAAAUUAUAUGCGAUACAUUCAUCUACAGCACUUAUAAAGUUAGAUAUUUUCCUCAUCUACUAAUUUAGACUUGAUACAAGUACACUCUGAAUACAACCUGCAAACCUUUUAAUCUGUCAAUUUAUCUUCCUUUCUGAUUUAUCGUACAUUUAUCUCUUCACUUUUUUUCUUGAACCUGGCCUGAAUAAAAUAGGUGAACAAAGCGAUCAACAGAGACACAACAGCUAAACCCUCCACCAUCUUCAGAGCAAUAUCAAAAUUUGUUUUCUCUCAAUCAAAAAAAAUUAAAACAA